GGCAUACUCCCUCUCGAACACCUGGGAGUCCUCGUUCUCCAACUGCACUGACCCGGCCGCCGGCCCCUGCGACGCUACGCCGAAGUACCAGUACGCGAACGCUGGACUCAUCAUUGGCCCCGUCUCUGACAUCUACGAGAUGCUCCAGGGCAUGGAGACCUAUCAGUCAGAUGUCAACCUGCUCGCGAACGAUUACUACCUGAAGAAUCCAGGGACGGUGACGCUCGACUAUGCAGGCGGCCUCUUCCUCUCUCUGCACAACAUGGUGAACAACGGCAACGCCCCCGCCGAAGUUCAGGAGAUCAACGGCACAAGGGCGCUGUACAGCAGCACCCUGGGCCAGACCGUGUGCUUCGUCCAGGGGAACGGGAACGGGUUCACAACCCUGCAGGACAUGGCGAACCAGAUGGACUCCAGCGUCGCCCUGCGCAAAAAGAGCCGCUUCGCCAAGUGGUUCGGCGCGUAGGCGGCGGGCGGCGUGAUGGCAGGGCCCGAUUCGGUCCCAAGACUCAGUCACGGAAGGGCAGGAGAACCCUGGAUUGAGCGGAUGUUGAAGCUCCCAACCGCCCAUUCAUCGCCGACACGGGGCUGAGAGUCGCGGCGCCGCGGCCCUCGCGCGAAAGAGGGUGCCCUCGCGCGCGCGCGCGCGGCGGCAGGGCCCCGAAAAAGAGGCCCCGCCACGGCGUGGCCCGGGGCCGCGCACGGGGACGGGCGGCGCGCACCCGACGCGUGGCAAAAGCAAGCCGGGCAUGCGCGCGCGCGUC